AGGUAAGCAGUCAGGCUGCCAGCAGCCAUGUGACGUUGUUGUCCAUCCACUCAAGACUGAGGAACCCGGCAACUUUCCUCCGUCGCUCCAGGAAACAGUCCCAUUUCUUCGCACCUCUCCAGUCGACUGUGACGGACCUUCAGCUAUGGAUAAACUAAAAUCGGUUCUAAGCGGCGAAGAGGCGCGCAGAGAUGACCGAACCGUUUUAGAGACAGUGAACGAAGCCUCCACUUUGGGAUGGGGCACGCGUCUGAAGGGAUUCGUCGCCUGUUUUGUGAUCGGGGGCGCGUGCACAGUUUUGGGAGUUUGUAUGCUCUUCCUGCCCAGGAUCGGCCUCACGCUCUUCAUCGUCUUCUACACCUUUGGAAACGUGUGUGCUCUGUGCAGCACCAUGUUUCUGAUGGGGCCAGUGAAGCAGCUGAAGAGGAUGUGUGACAAAACAAGAGCGCUGGCCACCACCAUUAUGAUUACUUGCCUUGUGUUGACUCUCUGCGCAGCCUUCUGGUGGAAGAACUUCGGACUCGCUUUGUUAUUUUGCAUCUUGCAAAUCUUGUCAUUUUCCUGGUACAGUCUGUCAUACAUCCCGUGUGUGAGGGAGGCAAUACUGAAGAUGGUGUCUAUGUGCUUGAGAUGAGCCCUGUCUUUGUGCUGAAGGUUCUGGCUGGAUGAAGUGAAAGGGGCAGGUCUCUUACUGAAACAGCCUCCCUGUGGUUCUGCUACAGAGAGUCUGUGACUCUCACUGCUGCACAGUCCUCCACUGUUUAUAAGGGAACAAGACAGAUUUUAUCUCCAAAGAUGUCUCUUUUUCUUGGUUAUGCUUUAUUAUUUGAGCUAAUAGAUUUUUUGGUAUGUAUUGAUUACUGCAGUUUUUAUGAAUGUGGGUAAAUGUUGUAAAUAUUUGUAAUAAAUAAAUAAAUGUAAAUGGUUUUGUAAAUUAAAACAUGACAACCUCAUUAUUUCUGUCACCUGGGGGAAUAACUGCAACACAGUAAAUACAAGCUUCAAAUGUCCUUUCACCGAGCUGAAAAUGACAUGCGUGAACUUAAAUUUGUCAGUUCGUGAUGUGAAAAAUGUAGUGGCCUGAAUCGUUUAAUGUAAAAUUUAGUGCGUUAAAGUUGUUUUUGCUCCUAAGGAACAGUCCAAAAGCUCCAACAGUGGAACACAUGUACAUAUUCAACAUGCUUGCUUGUUUAUUUUUCCUGAUUUCAUUAUUACUCCCAGUGAAAAGUUUUACUUCUAUAAAGGAGUCUUCAGCGGUUAAAUAAAUCUGGCUAAUAUUUAU